UCUCACUGCAACCUUCCUCUUCGGCUUUCUCGACCGAGUGAGCUUGUCAUUCCGUUACUGCAUCGUCUCUUAGAAGAUUGCCAAGCUUUCUGCUGCAAAGAGUGUCUUUGGUGAAUCCCAUCUUAUUGUCUGAUGAACAAGAUCAAGCUGCAGCAUCAUUUACACUCGGUCAAAUAGAAAGUGUGAAGCCCUUCAACUAAAAGCAGCACUCCUGAAAGGUAUAGAUGAGUUCUUUACUCCAUUAUUGGUUUACUAGGGUCUUCAAGCUUUAAUGCCUUUGGAUGUGUACGCAGGUUUUGAAGGAUAAUCAUCGAAAUGGAUGGUUUAGGUUUCGGUAACUCGACCACUCUCAGAAAUCAGGUUUCUAUCUCACCAACUUUAUGGAGUGAUCAGUAUGAGAACUUUUUGGUGUCCAACGAAGACUACAGAAACGCAUGUGAGAAGCUCAAGUUGGAGGAAGCUCUUCUAAUUAGCUCCAGCUUUGAUCUCCAAGGAAUUCUGGCAUGCCAUCCAAGCUCAAACUUUGAUGCUGUCAACGAGACGAUCAACACAUUAGCUUCCACCUCCGAUCCGAGUUCCUUGCAACAGCAAGAACUUAUAAUGCUGACUGCCGAUUCUGCUCGCAAGAUUUCAGGCAUACCUGCUAUAACUGAACACGCUCUUUCUCCACAACUACAUGCUUCCGUUGUUCCAGGCAGUGGCGGACCCAAGAAUAUGAUCGAUCCAUUCUGCUGCCCCAGUGAAAAUUUUGGCUCAUUUGAUCAAUUACAAGUAAACAUUGAUAACAACGACGAAGACCACUUCGAUAACUUCUCUAGCACCAAAAGCACUUGUAGAUUGAGUUGUAGUGCUACCAUCUCUUCAGCAGAGUUCGAGACCCAUGGCUUGUUCGAUUACCAUAUACCUAAUUUGGACAGGCAGAACUCUUUCAUUCCAGAUGUUCCAGGAGUUGAAUCAUCAAGAGAAAAAUAUAUUACUAAAAGAAAACUAGAAGAUUAUGAGAAAGUAGGAGAAAACUGUUGUAAGAAAGGAGGUUUUGAGAUUAGCUUCAGGAACGCUCCCAGGCAGAAGAAACUGAGAUCAGAAAAGAAUUCAGGGCCUUCUAGCAUCAACUUCAGUCAGCAAAGCUACUACGAGCUCGACACCGAGGCCAUAGCACAGGUGAAGGAGAUGAUUUAUAGGGCUGCAGCUUUGAGGCCAGUCCAUCUGGGGUUGGAAGAAGCAUCGGAGAAGCCAAAGAGAAAGAACGUCAGAAUAUCAAGUGAUCCCCAGACCGUGGCAGCAAGGCAUCGACGGGAGAGGAUAAGUGAGAGAUUGAGGAUGCUGCAGAAGCUGGUCCCCGGAGGGAGCAAAAUGGACACUGCCACCAUGCUUGAUGAGGCUGCAAACUAUCUCAAGUUCCUCAAGUCACAGGUCAGGGCCCUGGAAACCCUAGGCAACGAGCAUGAUCCCAUGGACAGAUACACUGUCCCCUUUGGAUCGACUUUCCAUUCAGGCUUUUCCCAUGCAAAACCUUUUCUCCACCGAGAACCCUAAUCCAAAAAAAAGGCGAGGCAGAUUAAGUGCCUAAAUGCCCACAAAACAUAUCAUUGCCUUCAUCAUUAGCUUGGGGUUUAGGCCUCAAUUCAGAUCUUUGAAUCAAAGAUCAGUGCUCACCUUUUCAACUUUUCUAACACCCUUUUCAUGUCCAUAAAGCAACCAUGUUCAGCAUCCAUCAUCAUCCCUCCAUCAUUUGCUCUUACCUUUGAUAUGCCUUUUUUUUGCACCUCAGGUGGUCUUUCCCAUGCAAACCCUAAUCCAAGAUUACGUAGAUAAUAUGGUUCAUGAUUACUUUUGUGAAUUAAGAGGCAUCAGAGCAGCAGCUUCAACACCAAUACCCAUAGGCAUAUAAAUGGAAGUUGAAGAAAUCAUAGAAGCUAUGAUUGAGAGAGCCCAAGGAUUCUGCAAGUGAUGAAGAUUUCGAGCUGCUUGAUGCUAAUUUCUUUUCCUUGGGUUGCUCGCCGCCUAGGUUUAUUAGUUCAGUCCUUUACUUUGUAAAAAUUUUGGCACUUGAAACAAUCUCUUUGAUCCUGACAAUGCAUGGCAGACGGCAACAUGCCCUCGGGCGUGCCCUUGAGAAGACCACCAACGAUGUUGGCAAGCACAUGAUGGAGAACAAAAAGGCAUGCCAAGCUACAGUCGCUGCUUCCACAGCAGGUUUUGUCGACCAUCCCUUCUCUCACUGCACGGCGAACAAACUUUAUGUCAUGCAAAGAGAAUGUAUGAAUGAACAAAACGUUGAGGUUGAUGGGUGUGACAAUCUAGGCCAUGGGCGUUAUCAGCUGGUCCAACUUUAUGUGCCCUUUCAUUCCCUGAAACAAGGGGGAGAAAGUUCUGUUGCUUUGAAACGAAAGGAGCCUUUCGUGCAAGACCGGGAUUUGUUUUGCACCACUUGGGGAUUUCUGUUUUGCGUUUGACCAUUAUCUUUUUCGUCUUGCUUUGCUCCAAGUUCUGGAAACUUUGUGCUU